AUGUCAUCCACGGUAACUCAGAUAAAAAAACGAUCAGCUAGAGAUUAUCAAUUUGGUAACACCAUAGGAGAAGGUUCUUAUUCCACAGUAUAUUCUGCCAUUGAUAUUCAUAACAAUAAGACUUAUGCCAUAAAAGUACUUUCCAAGAGACAUAUAGUCAAAGAAGAUAAGAUCAAAUAUGUGAAUAUCGAGAAAACUACUUUACAUAGAUUAGGUCUACAACAUCCAGGGAUUGUUCAAUUGUAUUACACAUUUCAAGAUGACUCCAGUUUAUUCUUUGUUCUUGAUUUUGCGGAGUAUGGAGAAUUGUUGUCUAUUAUCCGAAAGUUUGGUUCAUUGAGUGAACAGGUGUCAUUAUUUUAUAUGUGUCAAUUGAUUGAUUCUGUCAAGUUUAUCCAUCUGAAAGGUAUCAUACAUAGAGAUUUGAAACCAGAAAACAUAUUGGUAGGUAUUGAUUUCAAUUUGAAGAUCACCGAUUUCGGUGCCGCUAAGUUAUUAGAUUCUGAUCAGUAUACUAAUGAUGGUGAUGAGAUUGAUUACAAGAGCAUAAGUGACGAUGUCACCAAAGAGAAGCAGGAAAGAAAAGCUUCUUUUGUAGGAACAGCUGAAUAUGUGGCCCCAGAAUUAUUGAAACAUAAUUCAUGUGGAUUUGAAUCGGAUAUUUGGGCUUUAGGUUGUAUUUUAUAUCAAUUCUUUAAUGGAAACCCUCCUUUUAAAGGUCAAACUGAAUAUUUAACUUUUGAAAAAAUCAUUAAUGUCGAAUAUUCAUACAAACCAUCAUUACCUUUACCAUCUGAUGUGGUUUCAAUAAUUGAUCAAAUUUUAUUAGCUGAUCCUGGUAAAAGAUUAACUAUUCCACAAAUUCAAGGUUGUAAUUGGUUCAGUAGUGUACAAUGGAAUGAUCCCAAUUAUAUUUGGGGAAGAAAAGUUCCAAGAUUUGAACCCUAUGAAAGUAAUAGUUCACCAUUCUCCCCAGGAAUUAAAACUGGAUAUAAUAGGAAUGUCAAUAAAUCAAGUUCCCAACAAAAGUUACACACACAGAUCCAUAAUUCAGAUUUCAAUCUCAUUCCUACUGUUGGAGCUAAGAAAAGUUAUCAACCAGCUACUAAGAUCAAGAAAUUUCCUAUGAAUGUAAGUCCCAAAGCUGUUAACUAUUCACCUCCUCAAGGUUUAGCCAUUCAAAGCAUGCCUCCACCACCUCCACAGAACAUACCCCCACAAGGUAUUACUACUCCCACCAUGGUCCCACAAGGUAUGACUACACCUAACUUGAAUCAGCAACAACUUCCACCUCAACAAUCACCUAUAAAUAACACUCAGAGGAAUUUUUACGAUAAGUCUGGUUUACCACCUUCACCAUCACAAAUCCGUAAAAACACAUCUUUUAACAAUAUGGGGGCUAUGAACGGUAUGAAUAACGUACCAAAACUUCAAAGAAAGUUGUCUAACCCUGUAUCAUCGCCAUAUUAUCAACAACCAUCAAUAAUUCCCAAAACCAAUAUCAAUAAUAAUUUCAAUAUGAAUCAUGCUUCUGCAGCAGCAGCAGCAGUUGGUAAUUUGACUAUAAAUGACAAGCCAGUCAAACCUAUGCCAGUGGCACCUGCAAAAGUUAACCCACCACAACCAAAACCCGUUGAAAAACCUAAAACUCCGUCACCAAAGAUACCUCCUCAACCAUUAAUCAAUAAGAUUAAGUUCAAGGAAAUCUCAUCUUUAUUGUUAGAAAACGAAAAGAUUCUUAAAUUAGACGUGAUUUUCAAGUCAGAAUUAUCUAAGAAACUUAGACCUUCAACUCAAAGCCUUAAUGAUGGUUUGAUUGAAAAAUUGAUUGAGAAACAUGAAUCUCAUUUGAAAGCCAAUGCCAAACCUGUUGUGACAAUAAUUACUAAUAUGGCUAGAGUGUUCUUCAUUGACGGUUCUUUGAAUGUAAUGUUGAUUGAUUUGAAAGCCAAUAAUGGUGGAGACUAUCUGAUGUAUGAUUACGAGUUUGAAACCGUGGCAGUUGAUAGUGAAGAAGAAGAAGUUGAAGAUCAAGGAGAGGAAGUCUUUGGAUACUUGAUUCUUGAAUUGAUUAGAGAAGGAGGUGACUUAAUCUUCUUGAAAAGAAUCAGUCAAGAUGAUUUACCUGUCAAAGAUGAUGUGAAAGUGGUGGAUAAAAACGGUAAAGAUGUCAAAUUAGGAGUUCAUUAUGGAUGGAUUGAUUGUUUAUUGAUAGCUAAAGAUAUGGUAGCAAAAGCAUCUAAAACCAAAUCACCCCCAUCACCAACUCUUAAUAACAAACCUAAGAAGGAACCCGUUGCUAAAAAGAUUAGACCGAAAUCAGCCAUCAAGGAAAAACCUGAUAAGAAAAAUUUUGCAUAUGCAGCAGCAGCAGCAGCUCAUAAAUAA